GCCUUAAAAAGUGACAGUCCGAAAAAACCGCGAAAGUUUAUGAGGUUAUAAAUAUAGCUUUGAAACUUUGUAAUAAGAAUGAAAGUACUUUUAAUAUAGAAUUAACUUAAUUAAUUAACGAUGGUGUUACAAAAUUCCGGUAAAUACAGAGCAGUAAGAUCCGAAAAAGUAGCAUCUUCCAAUGAUAAUACAAAAGGUGCAAACAGAGAAGAGAGUUCAGAAUUUCGUGUUCGUCAAGUUAUAGAAAAUGAAACUAUAGAUCUUAAGUAUGGAUUUGCCAGAAUUAAAGAACAGCAAGAAAAGACGGGUUUUCUGCUUAAUAUGCAUUCCACCGAAAUUCUUGAUGAAGACAAAAGAUUGUGUGCAGCUGUUGAUUAUUAUUUUAUGGAAGAAGAUGGUACCAGAUUUAAAGUAGCAUAUCCUUUUAUGCCUUAUUUUUAUGUACUAACUCACAAAGAAUUACUUCAAGAGGUAAUUGAAUUUUUGUCCAAGAAAUAUACAGGAACCAUCGCGAAAGUUGAAAUUGUUGCAAAGGAGGAUUUAGACUUGUCAAACCACCUCAUAGGAUUAAAGCAAAAGUAUAUAAAAUUGUCUUUUAUGAAUCAAACAGACUUAAUAAAAGUAAGAAGGGAAAUUAUGAAAGUAGUAAGAAAAAAUAGACAAAAAGACAACACAAAUUCAUUUUACACAGAAAUGUUAACAAGUACUUUGUGUAAUGGAGAUAUAAUAGAAAGUACAAGUUAUUCAAAUAAAAAUGCGGAUCAAAUGGAAAAUAUUUUGGAUAUAAGGGAGUAUGAUGUACCUUAUCACGUUCGAGUUUCAAUAGACCUAAAAAUUUUUUGUGGAUCAUGGUACACUAUUAAAUCCAAAGGAAAAGAUUUACCACCUUCAAUUACACCAAGGCCUGAUAUCAUAGAACGACCCGAAGCGAUAGUUCUUGCUUUUGAUAUUGAAACUACAAAAUUACCUUUAAAAUUUCCAGACUCUGCUACAGAUCAAAUCAUCAUGAUAUCAUACAUGAUUGAUGGGCAAGGUUAUUUGAUAACGAACCGAGAAGUUUUGUCGGCUGAUAUAGAAGAUUUUGAAUACACACCAAAACCAGAAUUUGAAGGCAAAUUUACAAUAUUCAACGAACCUAAUGAAAUGUGCCUGUUACAGAAAUUUUUUGAUCACAUCUUAGAAGUCCGACCACAUAUUUUUGUUACCUACAACGGUGAUUUUUUCGAUUGGCCUUUUAUAGAAUCUCGAGCAGCUUCUUACGACUUAGAUAUGAAACAAGAAAUUGGUUUCUCCAAAAAUAAUGAAGACGUUUACUGUUGUAGGCCUGCAAUGCACAUGGAUUGUCUCUGUUGGGUAAAAAGAGACUCUUACCUACCAGUUGGAUCACAAAAUCUCAAGGCUGUCGCUAAGGCAAAACUUAGGUAUGACCCAGUUGAGUUAGAUCCAGAGGAAAUGUGUCCUUUAGCAGCAUCUCAACCUCAAGUAUUAUCCAAUUAUUCAGUGUCAGAUGCAGUUGCCACAUAUUAUUUAUACAUGCAAUAUGUACAUCCUUUUAUUUUUGCAUUAUGUACCAUUAUUCCUUGUGAGCCAGAUGAAGUCCUAAGAAAAGGAUCAGGAACUUUAUGUGAAGCCUUGUUAAUGGUUGAAGCUUUCCAUGCCAAUAUAAUUUUUCCGAAUAAGCAAGAAUCAGAAAUAAACAAACUCACACAUGACGGUCACCUUUUGCAACAAGAAACUUAUGUAGGUGGUCACGUCGAGGCUCUAGAAUCGGGUGUUUUUAGAGCCGAUAUUCCAUGUCGUUUUCGAAUUAUACCUGAAGCAAUAGACACCCUAGUAAGUAAGAUUGCAAAUACUUUGGAACAUGCCAUAGUUGUAGAAGAGGGGGUUCCAAUGGAAUGCGUUACUAAUUUAGAAGAGGUUUAUGAAGAUAUCAAAGGGAAAUUGCUAGCAUUAAAAAAUUCUCCAAUGAGAUUGGAAAGGCCACUAAUUUAUCAUCUUGACGUUGGUGCCAUGUAUCCCAAUAUAAUUUUAACAAAUAGGUUGCAACCCUGUGCAAUUGUGGAUGAAACUAUUUGUGCUGCUUGUGAUUUCAAUAGACCUGGAGCAUCUUGCCAAAGGAAUAUGGCAUGGAUGAUGCGUGAGGAAUACAUGCCUGCGUCUAGAAAUGAAUACCAAAGAAUUCAACAACAGUUAGAAACCGAAAAGUUUCCUUCUGAAUAUCCAGGAGGACCUCCAAGAGCUUUUCAUCAAAUGUCAAGGAUCGAACAAGCCGAUCUUGAGAAAAAGAGACUGACAGUUUAUUGUAGAAAAGUUUAUAAAAAGCUAAAAUGUACAAGAGUUGAAGAAAGAACCACCACAAUUUGUCAAAAAGAAAACUCGUUUUAUGUGGAUACCGUAAGAGCAUUCAGAGAUAGAAGAUAUGAAUAUAAAGGUUUAUCAAAAAAAGCUAAACAGGCUGUAAUGGAUGCUAUUAAAGGAGGAGAUGCUUCCGAAAUUAAAUCGGCAAAAAAUAGAGAAGUACUGUAUGAUUCCCUCCAACUAGCCCAUAAAUGUAUUCUUAAUUCAUUCUAUGGAUACGUCAUGAGAAAAGGAGCUAGAUGGCAUAGCAUGGAAAUGGCGGGCAUUGUAUGUUACACAGGCGCCAAUAUUAUAAUGAAAGCGAGAGAAAUAAUAGAACAAGUGGGCAGGCCUCUUGAAUUGGAUACUGAUGGAAUAUGGUGUAUUUUACCAGCGUCGUUUCCAGAAAACUUCACUAUUUUAACCAACCAUGAAAAAAAGAAAAAAUUCAAUAUCUCUUACCCCAACACCGUUUUAAACGCUAUGGUUAAAGAAUAUUUUACAAACGAUCAGUACCACGAAUUGAAAAAUCCGGAAACCAUGGAAUUCGAAAUUCGACAAGAAAAUUCUAUUUUCUUUGAAGUAGAUGGUCCUUAUAAAGCAAUGGUUUUACCUGCUAGUAAGGAAGAAGGAAAAAAAUUGAAGAAGAGAUAUGCCGUUUUUAAUUUCGAUGGUUCUUUAGCUGAAUUGAAAGGAUUUGAAGUGAAAAGAAGAGGAGAGCUCCAGCUAAUUAAAAACUUUCAAUCUUCCGUGUUUGAAGCAUUUCUUAAAGGUGAUACAUUAGAAUCGUGUUAUGCAGCUGUCGCUCAAAUAGCAGACUAUUGGUUAGACGUUCUAUAUUCGAAAGGUAGAAAUUUGCCGGAUUCUGAACUUUUCGGUCUCAUUUCCGAAAAUAAAUCAAUGUCUAAAAAAUUGGAAGAGUAUGGUGCACAAAAAAGUACUUCUAUUAGUACUGCUAGACGUUUAGCGGAGUUUUUAGGUGAUCAGAUGGUAAAGGAUGCGGGCUUAGCUUGUAAAUAUGUUAUUUCGCGCAAACCAGACGGAGCCCCAGUAACAGAGAGAGCUAUUCCUCUUGCAAUUUUUCAAGCAGAAGAAACAAUUCAAAAACAUUACUUGAGAAAAUGGUUAAGAGAUACAUCUCUUAAUGAAAUUGAUAUAAGAGACAUUUUAGACUGGAGUUAUUAUAUAGAGCGAUUAGGAGGUGCUAUUCAAAAAAUUAUAACUAUACCAGCCGCAAUGCAAGGGGUGCCAAACCCGGUUCCUAGAGUUCGUCAUCCGGAUUGGUUACACAAAAAAAUUUUAGAAAAAAAUGACAAUUUCAAACAAAGAAGAAUCAGUGAUAUGUUUUCGGCAGCUACCAAAGUGAAACAAGCUGAAGAUAAUUCUACUGCUGAUAUAGAAGAUGUGGGUACAAAUAAAAAUAAGUCCUCUUUUAAAAUACCGUCUGUAGCUACCGUUACUAAGCGUAAGAGAGGAUCUGACAAAGAAAAUCAGUUUUCCGAAGAGGAUUUGAAUAAAACUUGGAGAGACAUAUUAGGAAAUCCUCCUCCUAUUGGAAAUACUAGGGAAGAAUUAAUCGCAUGGGUUCUGUUCCAAAAGAAAAAAUGGCUGUUCCAAUCUUUACAGAAAAAUGUAGGUCAUCAAAGUAAAAAGAAAAAAACUAAUUCUAAUAUAGCAGUAUUGCGAUCAUCAGCUCCAGGUACUCUUGGAGAUUUUAUUCAAAGGGCACAACGGUCGUUACUUACGACUUCAUGGCAAGUUAUUCAAAUUGUACCGACAGCAGUUGCUGGUGAAUUCAGACUAUGGGCGUUGGUUCAGAAUGAGCUACACCUUGUAAAACUGGUUGUUCCCAGAAUAUUUUAUGCCAAUUUGCGUACCCCCAAAGUUGUCGAAGAGGGUGCACUUUUCAAAAAAUGUAACCGAAUGCUUCCUAGAGCUAGACAAGUUUUCAAUUUAUAUAUGUAUUCUGUACCGGAAGAAGUUUAUCAAGAACACGGGAAGAAAAUAUUUUUGGACCAGUCUGAUCCAAAUGUAGAAGGAGUAUAUGAAACACAAGUUACUCCUUUGUUUAGAGCGUUAGUUAAAAUUGGAUGUGUUUGUAAGGUCUCCUCUAGAGUGUCUAACAUGGAAAGCUUUAACAUGGAACAAUUAGAUAAAAUUAGCAUUGCUCGACAACCAUAUUUAUUAAAAGAUUCAGUCAAACAUAUCUACUUUUAUCAUCACAAACAUAUGUCGAAAGCUCAACACAUGUUUGCAUUAUUUCUAACACCUGUUAAAAAAGCGAUCAUCAUUGUUGUGGAUACCGUAAAAACAAAUUUGAUGCCCAAUAUGACGAAUUUGUAUCAAGCAGAGAGAUUGAUCAAAAUGGAAAAAAAUGCUGAUGAUGAUCUACUUCCACCUGCAGAAGUAACGUUCGAAGUAAAAGUAGAAACUAGUAUGACUCAAGUUUAUAAAAUACUACAGAAAACAUUACAAAAUUACAAAGACGAAAAGAAAGGGCCGACUCUUUUAGCUAUCCAAUCAACUAUGGAAAUAGGAGAAUUACAGCACAACGUUUCUAACUUUAUUGAUUUUCCUCAGGUUCAAAUUCACGUACAGGACAUAGAUGAACUUUACAAUGUCAUUGAUUGGCAAAAAAUCGGAGCUAGAGCGAUUGUACGACAUUAUUUAAACAGUGAAAGAGUUUUGGAAUUGAUGGCCGAACAAUGUAGAUAUUUUCAUGUGCCACUCGGUAACAUGCCUUCUGAUCCAGCUAUCUUUGGAUCCGACAUCUUUUUCGCUAGACAUUUAAUCAAUCACAAUCACGUACUUUGGUUUUCGACAACUGAUAAGCCGGAUCUUGGAGGAAGUCAAGAAAAUGAUGCGAGACUACUGGCGGAAAAUCAAGAAGGAUCUUCAGAAGUUUGUAAUGUACCAGGAUGGUAUUCUUCAGUAUGUGUAGAAUUGGAUGUUGACAGUUUAGCAAUAAACACUCUAUUACAAUCGCACCACGUUACUGAUAUAGAAGGAAUGAGCAACGUUACAGCCUUCGACGCAUCAGAAAUAGCAUCAAUUAAUAGUAUGAUAUCUGGAAAUCAAAAUAUGACAAGCUAUGAUGAAACUAGCAGAUGCGCGGAAUCUUUUAAAAUUCUGAGAUCAAUGGCAGUGGCUUGGAUGAGGGAUAUUUCGAUUCACAGAAAUGUGUUUGCCGAUUUUCAAGUUAUUCAUUUCUACAGAUGGAUGAGAUCCCCAAAGGCUUAUUUAUAUGAUCCCGCUCUUUUGCGUACUCUACAAAACCUUAUGAAAAAACUGUUUUUGCAACUAGUUGCCGAAUUUAAACGACUCGGAUGUAUGAUUAUCUAUGCCAAUUUCAACAAAAUCAUCAUCUGUUCGAAAAAAACCACGGUAGAAGACGCCAUUGCUAAUGUUGAAUUCGUGGUAACGUCAAUACGUAAUAAAGAACUUUUCCAUUCAUUGGAAAUAACGUAUAGGCAAUGCUGGGAACAACUUGUGUGGCUUGAUACAGCAAAUUUUGGAGGAAUCAAAGGAAAGUUGCCAGAAACUAUACCAAAUGACACACUAGAAAAAAAUGGCGAGGAUAAUGAAAGUAAUGAAGAUGACGAGGAAGAAUCUGAUCAGCCAAUAGUGGAAAUGAAAUGGAAUAUAGCCGAACUACUUCCAGAACGUGCUAAUUGCCGCAAUAACUUUAAUGCUGUCAUAGCUGGUUAUAUCAAUGCCAUAUACACUAACCUACAACAGAAAGAACGUUCCACUAUUUCUAAAGCUGUUCUAAGUCAACCUUCGUUUGGAUUGGCCCAACAUGAAAAUGUCGUCGAUUAUGCAAAGGAAUUGUUAGCUGGAGAAAUAAGUCAGACACUGUUUCAGAUGACAGAGAAAAUACACAACCGUCUACCACCUCAGCCAGAUGGUACAAGUGCUGCUUUAGAAUUUGUUAAAGCUAUUUGUCACAUAAUAGGUUUAGAUCCAGCAUUACGAGAUGCAGUAGAAUCACUAAAAAGCAACCUAUUGCGUUUAAUAGGUGUUGGUGAAUUUUCGGAAAAAGCUGUAUGGAACGAUCCAACUGUAUCUUAUAUAAUACCACAGAUAAUUUGUAGAGCUUGUAAUCAUUGUAGAGAUAUAGACUUGGGCAGAGAUCAAUUUAGAUCGGAUUCAGCUUGGUUUUGUCCUUUAUGUAACUCCGAAUACGAUAACGCUGAAAUUGAAUGCGUUAUGUUAAAUAUUGUUAACAAGAAAUUACUGGCAUAUAAUUUACAAGAUUUGCAAUGCAAAAAAUGUAUGCAGAUCAAACCAGACAACAUAAACAAACACUGUGUAUGUUCAUCGACCUACAAAUGCCUAAUUUCAAAGAAUGAUUUAAUAAAAUUACUACAAACUUUCAAAUCUUUAGCUCAAACAUUUAACAUGCCAGCUUUGUCAGAAACUGUGGAUCAAAUUUUUCAGUUCAAUUUGAACACAAAAUAAUUAGUAGGAAAUCUAAUGUAGGAAAUAUGUAACGUAAUUCUAUUUUUUUAACUAUGUACAUAUUGUAAUACAACUUUUAUUAGGUUUUAA